UGCUGUCCUUCGUGGUUGGGGCCAGAGGAGUUAGUUACAAGUUAAACCUCGAUCGCUGGGUCUGUGAGAAGUCAGCAUGGAAUGUCUCUACUCUUUCCUGGGCUUUCUGCUUUUGGCUGCAAGAUUGCCACUUGAUGCCACCAAACAAUUUCAUGAAGUGCUGAGCAAUGAAAGAACUUCCAGUUAUAUGAGAGAGCAUAACCAUCUAAAUGGUUGGUCUUCAGAUGAAAAUGAUUGGAAUGAAGAACUCUAUCCAGUGUGGAAAAGAGGAGACCCGAGGUGGAAAAUGUCCUGGAAAGGAGGCCACAUGCAGGUGAAUCUGACCAGUGAUUCCCCAGCACUGGUGGGCUCAAACAUAACAUUUACGGUGAAGUUGGUAUUUCCCAGAUGCCAAAAGGAAGAUGCCGAUGGCAACAUAGUCUAUGAGAAGAACUGCAGAAAUGAUACAGGUCCAUCUCCUGACCCAUACGUUUACAACUGGACAGCAUGGACAGAGGAUGGUGACUGGGGAAAUGGCACCAACCAAAGGCAUCACGUGUUUCCUGACGGAAGGCCUUUCCCUCACCACCAUGGAUGGAGGAAAAUGAAUUUUGUCUACAUGUUUCAUACACUUGGUCAGUAUUUCCAGAAACUGGGACGGUGUUCAGCGAAUGUUUCGGUAAACACAACCAACAUGACGCUUGGCCCUCAGCUCAUGGAAGUAACUGUCUACAGAAGACACCGAUGGUCAUAUGUCCCAAUGGCAAAAGUAAAAACUGUGUACGUGGUAACAGAUCAGAUUCCUUUAUUUGUGGAUAUGUCUCAGAAGAACGACCGAAAUUUGUCUGAUGAAACCUUCCUCCGGGGCCUCCCCAUUACGUUCAAUGUCCUGAUUCACGAUCCCAGCCACUUCCUCAAUGAGUCUGCCAUUCAGUACAAGUGGAACUUCGGUGAUGGUACUGGUCUCUUUGCCUCCAACAAUCACACUUUGAAUCACACGUAUGUGCUCAAUGGAACCUACAGCUUUAACCUCACUGUGCAAGCUGCAGUGCCUGGGCCUUGUCCUUCACCAACACCCAGACCUCCAAAACCCACCCGGUCUUCACUACCUGCUGGUGACAACCCCCUGGAGCUGUGGGAAACUCCUGAUGAAAACUGCCAGAUUAACAGAUACGGUUACUUUAAAGCCACUAUUACAAUUGUAGAUGGAAUUCUGGAGGUUAACAUCAUUCAGAUGACGGACGUUCAGAUUCCCCCGCCACAGCCUGACAACUCCCUGAUGGAUUUUGUCGUGUCCUGCCAAGGGACCAUUCCCAAAGAGGUCUGCACCGUAAUUUCUGACCCCACCUGCCAGAUCGCCCAGGACACAUUCUGCAACCCUGUGGAUGUGGGUGAUAUGUGCUUGCUGACUGUGAGACGGGCCUUCAACGGAUCCGGGACAUACUGUAUGAACCUCACUCUGGGUGAUGAUGUGAGUCUGGCCCUCACGAGCACCCUCGUCUCUGUCCCAGGCAGAGGCCCAGGCUCCCCUUCGAGAAUGGUAAACGGUGUCCUGGUCUCUGUUGGCAGCUUGGCCAUACUUGUCGCUGUGAUCGCCUUCUUGGUGUACAAAAAACACAAGGAAUAUAAACCAGUAGAGGACAGUACUGGGAUCAAAGACAAAGGCCUGAAUGCUUUCCUCAACCAUGCAAAGGCCAAGUUCUUCUCUGGAAGCCGGGAGAAAGAUCCACUGCUCAAGAACUCACCAGGAAAUCUUUAAAUCUUCAGCCUCGUUUCUGACCAACAGCUCACUAUUCAGUGCCAUGUACGUGAGAUGUGCUCGAGCAGAUGACCACUAACUUUUUUUCCUAAAGAUUUUUGUAAAGUAUAUAUUAUGGUUUAGAGGGGUCCAAUGUUUUUAUAGGUUAUAUGAUGUUUUAGAGAAGUGAGGAAUUAUAUUGCACGCAGCCUCAACCAUAUUACAUAACUGGUAAAAUCAGUCAGCAGUGCAUCCUUUCAUUAUGAUUUAUGUUUCAUUUAUAAUGUCCAACGGCAUUAGUAGGAUAGACAUGCUGUGUCCAAAGAGUAGGGGGAGAAGGUACUAUUCAUUAGUCUGACCAGGUUACCUGGAAGGAGAGGCUGGACACUUUGUAGCUUUCCAUAUAACCACAUGCAUAAAACCAAUGUAUUGUAUUCCUGUCCUUAAGUUCACGUUCCAAGCUAACUGAAUCCUAUUUCAAUGAACAUGCAUGAGCUUCUAACAGCAUAAUAACAGGCCAAGCCUCUACUACAGUGUAUGCGUGUUAUACUAAAUUCAGCAUCAGCAUCAUCAGCAUCAUCAUCAUAUAAUAAAUAGGUGUGAAUAUUUUCAUGGCAACCUGCCCUGACCCCCUGUGUAAAGGAAUGGUAUUCAUUCAUUCAUUUAUCCCAUGAACAUUUAUUUAGUGCUUUCUGUAUAUCAGGCAUGUUGCUAGACACAUGGCCCAGCACUCACAGUGCUGACACUCUUGUGUAUCUAUCAGAAUUUCUAUAUACUAUGGUGCAUGUAUUUGAAAUUAUAUGUUGUUUUCUAAAGAAGGAGGUCCUUGGUUUUCCUACGAGUUUCUCCAUUUAAAUGAUAGAGAAACUUGAUCAGUAAGGGUUUUACCUCUGUUUGUAAUUAUAUCAUAUGCUAGACUUGACAUUUUUUUUUCCUCUUCUUCCUGAAAA